AUCGCCAGCCGGGUCGGGCCGGAGAAUGAGAGAAGUAAGGAUUCUCCUUCCAUCGAUCUAUCCAGCCACAGUUUCCAACGAACUUCGUCGUGGGCUUUGGAAUGGGCACCGGGAGCAUGCAGUACCAGACUACGGUCCAGAGCUGGACAUAAACGAAAGGCUACUAGCGCGCAGGAAAUUCGGCGGUCAGGCAGUUUCUGCCCCUCUGCCCUCUGCUGGUGCCCCGCGAGGUGGCUUUGUCGCUUUGCGCGCGAUGGUCGUCUCUCUGGGCAGGUCUGAGCCAGAUUCCUGAUUUGAGUUUCAUGCAGUUGGUCAUACUAUCUGCGGUUUAAGAGAAAUCAUUGGUGCAAUUGUCUACAACAACAAAAACGAUGUGCACCUGCUAGAGAAGCUCUUGACGUCCAUGUGGGUGGUGGACACAUACUUCUCGAUACGGAGUGGAAAACCUUCGCUUCUAGAAGCAAGAGGAACGAGACACCUUAAUAUUUCCAAAUAUUUAAGUUGUGAUGAAUUGUAUCCACCGUCGUAGGAGAAUGGAGAUGUGGCGCAUGUCUUUCGUCCUCAAAGUAAACAAGGUCUUAAAAAAAUUCGGUUCGAUCGGAGGCCGACAUCAGUUUUUGCACAUAAAGAGAUUGUUACGUGAUGGAAUUAUAGACUCAAACAGGAAUAUAGAGUAUGGUGUA